AUGUUAUCCGAUGUUAUCACUUCCGGCAGUCGACCUGAGCGCGAGUCGUCCGUUAGAGCCUAUCAAGCAAGAUUUAACAACAUCGUCAAACAAUCAAAGACACUGAUCGAAUUACUUCUUCUCUUUUAUGAUUCAAGUCCUGCUAGGAAGGCCAGCACCUCACGGAGAAGCAGAACCCCAGACAAAAAGCUGGAAAUUAUUCCUUUAAACGAAAUAGAACAUCUCGAAUACGCUGAGGGAGGAGAAGAGAUAGUUGUGCAUGGAAAACUGAUUGCAAAAUUGGAUUACGGUGAGAUAAUUCCAUUCAUCCACGAGUUGGUACACUUUGCUUCAAUGGAUGAUAUCACUCAUGCUAAUAUUAAGCACAUAACAAGCGGAGUAUGGUUAGGGUUGAUAACUAUCUGGCUUAACGAUCAAAAUUAUAGGCAUCCGCGCCUUAUGCGAAGUGCUUUGGAUGCAGUGCGGAGAAUAGAGGAUCGUGAAAAGGCCCUAAAAUCUGGUCAGCCCAUAAUGGAACCCGCCCGUUCUGCUAUUUCUUCUCAUAUAGAAGAUGCGCCGAAUUCGCAUCCUCAUCAAGAGACUAGUGAUGGUUAUACUCCUCACAGACGAGGGUUUCAAUACGUAUAUAGGGAGGAUUCUAAUAUUGGUAACACACCCAGGCUGAAUGAAGCGCAACGGUUAGAGCUGGAGCAAAAACAAAGAAAAAGAAUGAUAGUGCGCCAGGUUCGUCAACAAGAACAACAACUAGAACAACUACGACAACAACUAUACCAAAUGAAAUUGUAUCGCCAACAGCAGCAUCAAGCAGGAAUGCUAAAACCGUCUUCUGAAGAAAAAUUGAUGUUACAGAAGAUACUUAGAGACCAAAAAGUACUAGAAGAAGAACAUGAACAACUUCAAAGCCAAUAUGUAUCGCUCCAACAAGAAGAACAACAACUGCAACAACAACAAUAUGAAGAACAGCUCCAGCGACAAUUACAUAAUCCACAACAAGAUCAUCAAGGUCAACAUUUUCAGCCAAGUCAAUUUGAUCCACCCCAUCCAAAUAAUCCAUAUAAUUCAUAUUAUCCAUAUAACCAACACUAG